AUUAUUUUUUUUAAUCCAACAAUGGCUUCUGCAACAAUGCUUUCAUCAUCAACAAGUCUCAAACUUUAUUCAAAUUUCAUCUGUUUCUCACCAUUAAAACCCAUUUUUCCAUAUUUUAAACAUCCCAAUUCUGCCACCAGCAGUAGUAUAUGGGAUUUCAAGAAACACCCAUUAAAACUAAAUGCAUCUUUCAAUGAAAUAUCAGAUGAUUUGUUAGAAAAGACACUUCAUUUAGACAAAUUUCCAAUUUUUAAAAAUGGGUAUGACCAGUUUCAAAAUAUAACACAAGAUUUACCAGACAGUGAAAAAUGGGGUGUGUUUGUUUUUACUGGUUUAGUUUGGAUAUAUUUAACAGCUAGGCCAGGUGUACUUAUAGGGGCUAUAGAUACAUAUAUAUUAGCAAAUAUACAAAAAGUGUUUGAUGGGAUUUUGGGGAGAAGAAGUUUAAAAAGUAGGGAUUUUUUGAUUGGUGAUAAGCUGGGUGAAGGAUCAUUUGGUGUUGUGUAUUCAGGUGUUGUAGUGCCUAAGAAUGUUAGUGUUGAAGAAAGAGCAAGAAAUAGUGGAAGUAAAAGGAAGCAACUUGAAAAAGAUGAAAGAUUUAAAGAAAAAGUUAUACUUAAACAGGUGAAAAUUGGAGUUCAAGGUGCAAUAGAAUGUGGUGAUUUUGAAGAAUGGUUUAACUACAGGUUGUCACGAGCAGCUCCCGAGACAUGUGCUGAGUUUCUUGGGAGCUUUAUUGCUGAGAAAACUAAUUCAAGAUUUACAAAGGGGGAGAAAUGGCUUGUAUGGAAAUUUGAGGGGGAUAGAGACCUUGGUGAUUACAUGAAGGAUAGAGCUUUCCCAUUAAACUUAGAAUCCCUCAUGUUUGGCCGGUUAUUACAAGGACUUGAAUCUAUACAACGAAAUGCAUUGAUAAUCAAACAGAUAAUGAGACAGAUAAUUUCAUCACUCAAGAAGAUACAUGACACGGGUAUUGUUCAUCGGGAUGUAAAACCAGCCAACUUGGUGGUCACUAAAAAGGGCCAGAUCAAACUUAUCGACUUUGGUGCAGCCACUGAUCUACGAAUUGGAAAGAACUAUGUACCCGACAAAGGUCUUCUUGAUCCGGACUAUUGUCCACCUGAACUGUAUGUGUUACCUGAAGAAACGCCUUCCCCACCUCCAGAACCGGUUGCAGCUCUCCUAUCUCCAAUUCUUUGGCAGCUAAACAGCCCUGAUCUUUUUGACAUGUAUUCAGCUGGAAUAGUCCUAUUGCAAAUGGCUAUACCAUCAUUGAGAUCUAGUGCAGCAUUAAAGAACUUCAAUCUUGAACUAAAAGCUGUCAAUUACGACUUAAAAAGAUGGAGGGAGAAAACUAGAACUAGACCCGAUACAAGUGUUCUUGACUUAGAUUCAGGUAGAGGCUGGGAUUUGGCCACAAAACUUGUUUCAGAACGGGGUUCUCUGCGUAGGGGUCGUUUAUCAGCUUCGGAUGCUUUGAGGCAUCCUUAUUUCUUGUUGGGCGGUGAUCAAGCUGCGUCUGUUCUUUCAAAGCUGAGCUUAUCCAAGUAGAAACUCAAAACUUGAAAGUGUACACAUCAUAUUUCUUUGGUUAGUUAGGUAUAUGAGUAAAAAUAGUCAAAACAAUAGUUCAAUGACUCAUUAUCCGUUUAUAUCAACACAUUGGUUCCUCGAGUUUUAUUUCAAAGAAGUGAGAUUCUUCUGUUA